CGAAGGGGAGGAGGAGGAAGGAGGAGGGAGGAAGAGGGAGGGGGAGCUUUGUUUAAUAUUCUUGUGGGCGUGUGAAUUUUCUUCAGGCGUAGGAAGCGAAAAAGUCUUCUCUUUCACACCACCUCUUCUUCUUCUACUUCUUCUUGUUCCUUCUUGUUCUGCCUCGAGUGUGGAUGAAGAGACUCUAGGGUUUGAUUAGGCACCGGGUGCCCACCAGGAAAAAAAUGCCUCUUCUUGGGUGUUUUCUUGCUUGAAGAAACUGGCAAGUUUGAUCUGAUGAGAGAUGGGUAUGGUGGAUUCUGUGCUUGGAUUUAAGGUCCUUUUUCUCUUGUCAAAGAUAGCUAUGCCCAGCUCGGCAUGAUCUACCGGUUCGUCUCUAUUUCUGGAAAAAAAGGGCCUUCUUUGUUUUUAGAAUUUUCACAAGAAAUUGUCUAUCUGGGUCCUCAGCUUUGCUGAAAUGGGACUUUGACUUUGUGGGUCUCUGUCCUUUAUAUUCAAGAUCUUGUGUUGAUUAUUUUUCCUUAAGAGCUGUCAGGAAAUUAUGCUGUGGCUUUCGAGUUGGUUUAGCUUGUAAGUUUCGGUAAAUUAGGGAUUUUUUGUGUGGCGGGUUUGAGAUGGAGGAGGUUGAAGAAGCUAAUAGAGCAGCUGUGGAGAGCUGCCACAGGGUUCUGAGCCUCUUGUCUCAGCCGCAAGAUCAGGUUCAGUGUAGAAAUCUGAUGCUCGAGACUGGUGAUGCUGUAUUCAGGUUCAAGAGAGUGGUUUCUCUUCUCAAUACUUGCUUGGGUCAUGCUAGAGUUAGGAAGUUGAAGAAACUCCCAACCCCUUUGCCCCAGAAGGCCCUCUUGGACAACCCUAUUGUUAGAACUGACCAAUCUUCAAAGAGUCUCCAACUCCUCCCUCCUAAUUACCCUGAAAAUGCAAUUCAAGAACUCAAUACACAUCCCAAAGCCUCUCUUUCUUUAGGUAACCCGAACUUGGAGUUGAGCUCCAAUGGUAAAGGCCCUCUAAAUUUAGCCCAGCAAACACCAUCAGCAGCACACUAUCACUUUCUCCAGCAGCAGCAGAAGUUACAGCUCCAGCAACAAAUGAAACACCAAGCUGAGAUGAUGUACCAUAGGAGCAAUAGUGGCAUAAGCUUGAAUUUCGAUAGCUCUAGCUGCACGCCCACCAUGUCGUCUACGAGGUCUUUCAUUUCUUCGCUGAGUAUAGAUGGGAGCGUGGCUAACUUGGAUGCGAAUGCUUUCCAUUUGAUCGGGGCGGCUCGCUCAUCUGAUCAGAACUCGCAGCAUAAGAGGAAGUGCUCUGGCCGAGGAGAGGAUGGGAGCAUGAAAUGCGGCAGCAGCAGUAGAUGUCAUUGCUCUAAGAAGAGGAAACAUAGAGUGAAGAGGUCGAUUAGGGUACCUGCUAUAAGCAACAAGCUUGCAGAUAUUCCUCCCGAUGAUUACUCGUGGAGGAAGUACGGGCAGAAGCCCAUCAAGGGUUCUCCUCAUCCUAGGGGAUACUACAAAUGUAGCAGCAUGAGAGGUUGCCCUGCAAGGAAGCAUGUGGAAAGGUGCUUGGAGGACUCGUCUAUGCUUAUUGUCACUUAUGAAGGUGAACAUAACCACCCCAGGGUGCCGUCACAAUCUGCCAAUACAUGAAAAUCGUGGAAUGCUUCAUGUAGAUCGCUUUUUCGAGCCCUCAGAGUUUUCAGAGUCUUAGGUUUUUAAUUGGCUUGAAUUGCUCCUGUACAUAUUUUUCAUGGCCCGAAUCAUGGGAUAUAGAUGGAGCAGUGAUUGGCUGAAAAAAGGAAAAGUUAGGGCCUUUUGGUUACUAUCGGGUGGGAUUUGAUCUCAGCCUUGAGCAAGAAAAGUCGGGAAAUGGGGAUCUUUUUGUUGCUUGUAAGAACUUUUUCUGGUAAUUAAAGGUAACAGUUUCAUGUUC